CCUUCCUGUUGUGCUGGUCCAUUAGCUUCUUGUCAUUGUGUUAACGUCAUCUUGUCAUAGCGUCUUUGUUUCCAUGUUUGUAGCCACGUUCAUGCCAUGUUCCAUGUUCCUCGCCACGCCACAAUAUGCGUCUUGGCUGCAUCGAUUGUGACCCUAAUUCUGGGUCUUGGACUUGGUCUGGGUCUUGAAUUGCAGAGCUGUAAGAGCAAAGUCCCCCCCGGCACAUCCUGCAGAGACAGAUGCUACCAGCCCUUUGACGAUGAGAUCCCAGGCUGCAGAUGUGACUCGAACUGUGCCGCCACGGGCAGCUGCUGCUUUGAUUUCCACGACAUCUGCACCAUUCCAGCCCAGCAGUGGGAAUGCACAAAGAUUCGCUGUGGUGAGAAGAGGCUGACCCAGAGCAAAUGUCACUGUUCUGAUGACUGUCUGUCUGCGGGAGACUGCUGCACUAACUACAAGCACAUCUGUCAAGGUGAGAAAGAAUGGGUGGAGGGUGAAUGUGAAGACCUGUGGCCCCCGUCAUGUCCAGCCGGCUUCAAGCGGCAGCCGCUGCUCCUCGUGUCGUUGGACGGACUGAGAGCUGAAUACAUGCAAACAUGGAACACAGUGAUGCCUGUCCUGAACAAAAUCCGGACAUGUGGAACAUCUGCUUCAUAUAUGCAGCCAGCUUUUCCAAGCAAGACCUUUCCGAAUCACUACACCAUUGUUACGGGUCUUUAUCCAGAAUCCAAUGGCUUGAUUGACAACACCAUGUAUGACCCAGUUUUUAAUGCCACGUUCAGCCUCUCCAACUCUGAAAAAAACAACCCUGACUGGUACCUCGGACAACCAGUUUGGCACACAGCAAAGAACCAGGGUCUGAAGUCUGGGACCUUCUUCUGGCCUGGAUCCGAUGUGGAAAUCAAUGGAAGCUUCCCCAACAUUUACAAGCCUUACGAUGGUGAUGUACCAUUUGAAGAAAGAGUCUUGACUGUUCUGAAAUGGCUGCAGCUUCCUGACAAUGAGAGACCUGAUUUUUACACACUGUAUCUGGAAGAACCAGAUAAAUCAGGACACAGCUUCGGUCCAGUCAGUGGAGGGAUCAUCAUCUCCCUCCAGGGCGUCGAUAAGAUCAUUGGCCAGCUCAUGAACGGACUUAAACAGAUUGGCUUAGACCGCUGCCUCAACAUCGUUAUCCUGGCUGACCAUGGUAUGGAGGAAAUAAGCUGCGACAGGAAGGAAGCCAUGCAGGACCUGGGGGUCGAUACCAGCCUUUAUGUGGUCACUGAGGGGCCAUUUGGACGCAUUCGAGCUAAAAACGUUGACACAGUUUUGGACAGUGCUGCUCUGGUUGCUAGCAUGUCUUGUAAAAAACCAGACCAAAAGAUCACCCCGUAUCUGAAAGCCCACCUACCAAAGCGCUUCCACUACGCCGACAGCCGACGUAUUGAGGAUGUCAAUGUUCUGGUCGAGCCUAAGUGGUUGUUUGAAAGAAACCCCGGAUCUCUCACAUUCUGCUUUGGUGGUAACCAUGGUUACGACAAUGAUGCUGACAGCAUGCAUGCCUUGUUUCUCAGUUAUGGCCCCAAGUUUCAGUUUAGAACUGAGGUUGAGCCCUUUUCCAGCAUUGAGCUAUACAACCUUAUGUGUGAUGUGCUGGAAAUCACGCCCUCUGAAAACAAUGGCACCCAUGGCAGCAUGAAUCACGCCCUCAGGAACCCCUACCACACCCCUGUGCACCCGGUUGAGCAGAGUGCGCCAGGUCAGUGCCCCCUGGUCAGCCUUGUUCCUGAAGACGACCUGGGAUGCUCCUGUUCCAGCCUGGAGGGGAAUACCAUCAACAGCCGUUUGAAUUUAACUGCAGCUCAAGUGUCUGCUGCAGAGAAGAGGCACAUGCUGCUUGGCCGUCCGCAGAUGCUGCAGCCAGACCAGAGUUACUGCAUCCUCCACCAGGAAGGCUUUGUCAGUGCCUACAGCCACAAAGUGCUCAUGCCUCUGUGGAGCUCCUUCACUGUGGAGAAACCCACUGACAUCACACCAUUGCCUCCAGUGAUAUCAGAUUGUUUGAGGGCUGAUGUUAGACUGACACCAUCCCAGAGUCCCAGAUGUGAUCUCUAUGAAACAGCUGGAAGCCUGACUCCUGCUUUCCUUUUUCCACCCAACCUGAAUGUUUCUGCGGACCAACAGUAUGAUGCUCUCCUGAUGAGUAAUGUAGUUCCCAUGUACCCCAGGUUCAAGGAAAUAUGGGAUUUCUUCCACAAUAGUUUACUGAAAAAAUAUGCCUUCCUGUAUAAUGAGAUCAAUGUUGUGACCGGACCAGUCUUCGACUACGAUUAUAACGGCUGCUACGACACCCCAGACCAGAUACUGGAGUCUGUGCCAGGUACAAACAUCUCCAUCCCCACUCAUUACUUUGUGCUGAUGACGAGCUGUGGGGACUCAACCCAGACUGUGAGCAGCUGCACCGGUCAGCUGCAGACCGCAUCCUUCCUGCUUCCCCACAGAGCCGACGCCUCAGAAAGUUGUAAAAGCUCAGAGGAGGCGUCUCGGUGGGUGGAAGACCACAUGUGGUUUCAUCAAGCUCGCGUCAGAGACGUAGAGCUGAUCACAGGGUUGGACUUCUAUCAAGGCAGUAAGCGACCCGUCGCAGAGCUGCUGAAGAUCAAGACUCGCCCCACGGCCGCCAUCCACAGAAAAGAAUGAAAAACCUUGCCAGCUUUCAUUGUUUGGCAGCGCUGGAAUGAUUGGAUCUGUUGUCGAAAAGUUACUUGUUUUUUGUUAUAAUUGCUUUUAAUUUCAUCAUAUAUUAUAUAUUUAUGUCUGUUAAUUGUUGGAAAAACAUAUUUGCUUUAAAUGACUUAUAAAUAAGAUCAAAUGUCUCUAUAUUUAUUGGUAUUCGAAUUUUUGUAACCAAGACAUGCAUUUGAGGAUGAUGCAUUUUUGAUAACGAAACAAGAAAAACGUGAAAUCAAUAUGAU